AUGACUUCCAGUCCCGCAGACCUGACGGCGCAAAGCGCCAUCGCCCAGGGCAACCUUCUGCAUCGAUCUGGCGCCGACAGGAGUAGAAGCACAGAGACCGUCCAGACCGUCCAGCAGCCCUUCCGUUUCCUCGACCUGCCCGCCGAACUCCGACUCAUAGUUUACGACUACGCCUUCGACACCGUCACUUUUCAGGAGCCUUCAGCCUUCUAUUCUCGUGCCAAACGAUACGCAACGAAGCAAGGGACUUCAUCUACAAACACCGUACCUUUGACCUCCAAUGUUAUUAUGACCUCCCAACAGCGCUUCAACAUCUAG